AUGGGUGCAAUUCAAAAACAUCCGUUUACUGAUCAACGACAAAGCUUUCGGAGCCGAUUACAACGUGCACUGUCCCUGUCAUCCUCCGGAUCUGAGGAUAUCUGGAUUCCGCCCAGAUCCGCGGCGGGGGAUACUACGGAGGACGAGCGUUCUGAGGAGGACGACUCUUUUGGCAAUUACCGCAACGGAAUGGCAGCGGAUGAUGGCCAGGAAAGUCUUCUGCACACCUGCAGUACGGUCCCGAGACCAGACGAAGAACUGGAACAACCCGGACAGGAUCUCUCCGAGAACUGCAAUAUGAUCGCCUUCCAAUGUCUUGCAGAACUAGAUGUCCGAACGAAGUCCAUGCAGAAUUCAUUGAAUAAUCAGAACAGCUGGAUUGGAAACAUUCGCAGUGAUCUGGAGGAAAUCCGCAGUCGGUUGGCUGUCGUGGAGACGGCUAUUGAAAUGAGGGCCAAAAAGGGGGAGAGCAAUGCUACUGAGGGUGAUAUAUCUAGACGAUCGCUUCGGUCGCAGAAGUGA